CACCGACAAACUCUCACGGACGGUCAGUCUGUAUCGGCAUGUCGAGCUGACAACACCUACGUGCGCUCACUCCUUUCCCAAUUGAUAUCUAACCUGACGUCGAUGUCCUAUUAGACCUUGUAUACACAGUGCACUACUCUAUUACACUACACGAGACGACUCAAUUCAAAGUUGUUGUUUUUUACCUGUGCGUUCAUCAAAGCAAAUCAUUUCGUCUAUCGCCAAAAUGCCUUCGCAUCCGCCCGCUACCAACACCUGGGAUGACAAAGAAUCCGUUUCCAGGACCAUGCUCUACAAAAAGAUCACCAAGCCGUUACUGGAACGACAGCGACGAGCUCGAAUCAACCGGUGCCUGGACGAAUUGAAGGAAUUAAUGAGCGCCGCACUGGCGGCCGAAGGUGAAAAUCUCACCAAACUGGAAAAGGCCGACGUCCUGGAAUUGACCGUCCGCCACCUGCACCAACUCCACCGCGAAGGUGAGCUCAGCCUCAAUGCAGUCGGAGGCGGUGGUGGCGGGAUAUUCAACCGGCCUCCGUCCGCUGCUGCCGCCGUGGCCGCCGCUCCGGCCGAUCGCAGACGCUACCAGGGCGGAUUCAUCGCCUGCGCUCAACAAGUGGCCUCGUACGUGAUGAAAACGCCCGGAUUGGAACCCGGAUUGGGUCAGAGGCUUUUGGCCCACCUGGCCAGGUGUUCCCAGCAAAUCUCUCCCGAACCCCAGCACCAGUCGGUCCCGCCUUCUCCCGUCCUGGGAUUGGCCGGAUUGCCGCCACUAUCGCUGCCGCCUUCCCUUCCGCAUCAGCCGCAGCAACAGCCAGAAGGAGCCAAUUUCGGUUCGACCGCCUUCCCAUCGCUGACACUUCCGGUCGAUUAUCACGCACCGUCGGCGCGGGAAUAUUCCAUCACGGCCCAGUUUCAAGUCUACCGGCCGCCCGUAGCGCCUCAGCCGCUGCGGAUCACUCCCGACCUGCCGCCAGCUCAUCCAUCCCACGAAGGAUCGUCCGACGAAUCCGUGUCGCCCGGAAGCAAGCGACGGGCCUCUCCCGAUUUCCCGCACAUUCCCAAAAAGCGCUACGCCCAUUUCAAUUUCGACGAAUCGGCCGGACGCCUCCGCACCGAGUCGGAAUCCAACGAACCCGUGGCCAGCACUUCCAGCAGUUCGCCCGGCUCCGCCGCUGCUGCCCAUCCAGCGUCGUCCGACUGUUACGUGGUGGAAAGCCAAAUCGUCCAGCUCUCGCCUCGACCUCCUUCAUCCAGCGACGGCAAAGAUACCGAUUCCAUGUGGAGGCCUUGGUAGAGAUGUACAACAUUUGAUUGUGCGCGCGUUUCUUUUCGUUCGGAACGAACGCGGAAUCAUUCCGGAACCACUUGUGAUCAUCCUCCCACGUCUUCUGUCUAAUAAUACUGCGACAGCUGUGCGCGUUUUGUUUGUUUGUACAUUAGGAACUCGGCUGAAAAUAGAAGAAGAAGAACACAACAAUCUGCGCUAAAGUUACAGAAAUGUUUUUUUUUUUUUUUUUUAUUCCUUUUUGUUUUACACGGUUUGUUGGCUCACCUCGAGAUUCCGACGCGCCGGAACAACCGGAUGUCUUUCACUUUCGCAUUGUGUGGUAUGGUGAGCGGAAUUCACACGUGCCUCUUUUUUUUUCUGUCUCUCUCGUCUUCUUGGCCUUGUGUAAUACGUUCCGUCUCUUCCGCAUUUCCCACAUUGUUCAUAAGCCAAAAUCCAAGAAACUAAAACUAAAAAAAUUAAUAAAUAAAAUUAAAAAAACAAAGAAGAAUUCAAAUAAAAUUGGGAAUAAGAUUUUCAAAAGUAAUUAAUUAUUAUAAAGAAAGUGAAUUGAAUUAUGGCUUCCUAUUGAUCUCUUCUCGCAUUGCCGUUGAUCGAAAAUUCGAUAAACAAAUAAUACAAAAAAAAAAAAAAUAAAAUCUAUACACAUGUGACCCAGUUCGGAAUGUAAAAUUAUUUUUAAUUUGGAAAAAUUGGAAACGGGCGCAGAAUUUUGAAAAACAAAAACCGCACGCAACAAAACCAUCGUCGUCUUCCAACCAAUUUCUCCCUCUAAUCUCAUUUAUGAUUGUCUUUGUGUUGUAAUUUUUUUUCCUGUUUGAUGUACAUAAAACUGUGAUUGAAAAAAAAUAAGAAGAAAUUUCACCCGAGAUUCUUGUGUGUGUGUGUGUUGUGUGUGUUGAGAAAAAACCCUAAUAAACAUGUGUGUGCGCUUCAA